GGGUCCAAACCGGGAAAGUCAGAAGACUUGUGCGACCGUCUUCCUCCUCCCCUUGCCACUGUUAAAAAGCCAGCUAAGAACACCAUCGUCAUCACUCUGCAAGUUUUCUUUGCCCCCACAUCACCCCAAUUCAAAUUCCUUCCUCUAUCAUCUAUAACAUCGAUCAAUGGAAACAAUUAUGUGAUUUCCCUUUGCUUAAUUACUCAAACUCCUCCUAGAAUCUCUCGUUUCCACGUUAAAUCGAUUCGCCAUUAGUAACCAGAAGAAGGUUUUGGUUUACACACUUCAUUUCUUUGUCGAUAUCUUCACAAAACCCCAUUUGGCUUGUGCUGCAAUUUUUGAACCUUGAUAAACCCCAACUAUGGCGGACUUGAAUCAUGCUUCUUCUGGUUAUAUCACCAUUAUUAAUCAUGCAAGUUCAAGCGACCCUAUCCUGUGGUUGUUUUCAGUUUUUGGGGGGAUUAUCAUGUGCAAAACUGCUUAUGAAUUGAUGGGUGUAUUCAGUCCGUUGAUCUUCGAAGGUUUUAUCAAACUUGAAGAUGCGAAGAAACUUGAAUGGAAAAACAGGGGCUUCUCGACCUUCCAUGCAAUCUUUGCAGCCGUUGGCUCUUUAUACUUUUUGCUCGUUUCAGAUCUUUUCGAUGAACGUGGCCAAAAAGAGUCGAUCAUUAACCGAACAUCUCCAUCAUCCGACAUUAUACUUGGGAUUUCAAUUGGUUACUUCUUGUCGGAUUUGGCGAUGAUUAUUUGGACUUAUCCAACUUUGGGAGGUCUCGAAUACGUAUUGCAUCAUGGACUCUCUAUGCUCGCUAUCGGUCAAUCCGUUCUAAGCGGUCAAGCUCAGUUUUACAUCUUUAUGGUUCUUUUCACGGAGAUCACGACACCCUUCGUGAACCUAAGAUGGUAUCUGGAUGUCGCCGGGAAGAAGAACUCCACACUUUAUUUAUCGAAUGGCGUUGCAAUGGUCGUAGGGUGGUUGGUCGCAAGGGUCGUGUUGUUUGUAUUCUUUUUCUACCACUUGUUUAUGCAUUUUGAUCAGGUGAAGCAAAUGUACCCGACGGGAUUUUACAGCAUGCUAACGAUCCCGCCCGCGUUGGCGAUGAUGAAUUUGUUUUGGUUUUGGAAGAUCGCCAAAGGAUUGAUUAAAACUCUCACCAAGUUAAGAAGAGGGCAUGCUCAUAGUAGUUGAUUGCUUCUUUUUUUCUUGAGCAAAAAUGCCAAGAAAACAUGUGAAUUUAACAAAAAAAAUGAGCAAUUUGAAACAUAAGAACUAAAAAGUUCGAGUUAUAAUCAGACGUAAAAAUUCUCAGUUGUUCUAAGGAGACUCGAACAGGUAAUUUAUGGAGAACAAUUAUCCAGAACAGGUAAACAGAUGAUUUUUCUGUCUGUUAGUUUUAGGGUUUCAUAGAUCAGUUGAGGUGCAGAAAAAUGCAAAUACGAGAAUUUAAGUAAUAUAUCCUCUUGCACAAUU